AUGGAGUCGAUCGAUGGCGAAAAGACUAGAAAAGUACGAAAAGUGUGACAAAUGUUAAGUUAGAAGAAGCUCUUUUUUGUGGUUUGUAAAAAAUAAAAUUUAGGUGACCCCAUACCAGGGAUUAUAUUGCGUGAACAAGCAUUAAUAUUUGUUAGUAAAAUGGGUGAUACAACUGAUUUUAAAGCUAGUUUAGGCUGGUUAAACAUUUUUAAAUCGCGGUAUGGUAUAAGAGAAUUUAAUAUCCGGGAGAAAUAUUACUAUGUAAUUUUAUAUCUGCAGACAAAUUUAUGGAAACCUUUUUUGAACAUGAUAAAACGAGAAGGAUACAAAAAAUAUUACAUUUACAAUGAUGAUGAAACAAAUAUAAACUGGAAGGAAUUACCACGUAAGUCAUUAGCAUCACGUUGUGAAUCGUUAGCACCUAGUUAUAAAAUUAGCAAAGAUAGGAUUACCGCAAUGGUUUUGCGCAAAUGCUAG